AUGUUGGAGGCAUUGCUGGCUUGUAUUUUGGGUGUCCGGAGCCAGAUAGAGGACAAGAUGUGCAGACCACAGAAGUGCUGUGCUCGGGAAGGUUCAGUAAAGCUGUGCACGGCACAUCAGUCCCAGCUGGAUAGCCAGGGUAAGGGAAUUCCAGUGAAUCAGGGGGUAUUUCUGGUGGUGCUGGCCGUCUUUGGGAUACCAGCUCAUGGAGAUGAGGUGUAUAACAUCAUCAGCCCCAGCAGCAAUGGUGGCAGUGUUCAUGAGACGGUGAAAAUUGACAAUGAGAAAAAUGCCGCCAUCAUUAACAUCCAUGCAGGAUCGUGUUCUUCUACUACGAUUUUUGACUAUAAACAUGGCUACAUCGCAGCCAGGCUGCUCUCCCGAAGAGCCUGCUUCAUCUUGAAGAUGGACGAGAAAAUCCCUGCUAUAGACCAACUCAAACGGUACAUCUACGAGAGCCAGGCUAUGAACAACAUGUUCUCCAGCAAAUACACCUGGGUCAGGUACAACCCUCUGCAGUCUCUGAUCCUGGAGGCAGACUGGUUCCUGUUUGGGUCACCCAUUGAGCAACUCUGCGAACACAUCCCUUUGUAUAAAGGGGAAAUAGUUCAAAAGUCAGAGUCAGAUGACAUCAGUGCCAAAGGCUGCGCAAAAGCUGGGCUCCUGGGCAUCUUGGGAAUUUCCAUCUGUGCAGAUAUUCACAUUUAG